AGAGGAGAGAGAUAAAGAGAGCGAGAUAGAGAGAGAAAGAGAUAGCGAGAGAGAGGAGAGAUGACGAGGAGCCACGCGGCACACCACAUCCAGGAGAUCCCCCGGACCACGUCUCCGUCGGCAGGCGAGAGAUCGCGCGCGAGAGAUGCAACUGUGCCCGCGUAGUGCGCGAGAGGGAGAGGAAAGGGGAGAGAUAAACGGGAGAGAGAGAGAGGGAGAGAGUGGGAGGGAGGGAGAGAGGGGAGAGAGAGGGGGGGGAGAGAGAGACACAGAGGGGGAGGGAGAGCGUUCUUGAACAGACCUCUCCGCACCCACGGUGCCCUUCAGAAUCUCUGCGCCCUCGAGUCGACCGCGAGACGGACUCCUGCCCGACUACGGAGCGACUGACGGUCCUACGGACUGGCCGACUGGCUGGCUGUCUGACUGACUGACCGUCUGACUAACCGUAUGAUUGCCCGACUGACUGACUGAUUGUCCGACUGACUGACUGUCUGACUGACUGACCGUCUGACUAACCGUAUGAUUGCCCGACUGACUGACUGAUUGUCCGACUGACUGUCUGACUGACUGACCAUCUGAUUGCCCGACUGGCUGACUGAUUGUCCGACUGACUGACUGUCUGACUGACUGACCAUCUGACUAACCGUAUGUUUGCCCGACUGACUGAUUGCCCGACUGACUGACUGACCGUCUGACUAACCGUCUGAUUGCCCGACUGGCUGACUGAUUGUCCGACUGACUGGCUGACCGUCUGACUAACCGUCUGAUUGCCCGACUGACUGGCUGACCGUCUGACUAACCGUCUGAUUGCCCGACUGGCUGACUGAUUGCCCGACUGACUGGCUGACCGUCUGACUAACCGUCUGAUUGCCCGACUGGCUGACUGAUUGCCCGACUGGCUGACUGACUGUCUGACUGACGGUCUGACUGUCUAACUGCCUGACUGACCAUCUGAUUAGCCGUCUGACUGAUUGUCCGACUGUCCGACUGUCUAACUGACUGCCUGACCAUUUGACUGACUGUAAAUAUGCCUAUCUGACCGGCUACCUACCAGUCCACCAGCCAGUCUGCCUACCUACCAACAUGCCCUCUCUGCCCAUGUGACUAGCCCACGUACUCGCCCUGCCUGCUCUACUGCCUACGAGUCUGACCGAGAGUACCUGACUGAGUAACCCGACUAUCUGAUUGAGAAUUCGCACGAAUGCCUGGCUCAGUGUACGAUUAAGUACCAGACCGCGUACAUGACACUGCAACUGAGUGCCUGGCUGAGUAACUGAGUACCCGAACAUCUGACUUAGUACCAUUCUGGGAACGUGACUAUCUUACUGAUCGCCCGCCUGGGUGCCCGACUGAGGAGGACGUGGCCGAGUAGCCUGGCCGGGAAGCUCUGCUCGCCCAGGAUAUCCAACCACGUCAGGAUGGUACGCGCAGUUUGCACGACUCUGAAAACGCGAUUCGCAGGGGCGCGUGCGUGACGUCCGCCCCGAUGGACGUGCGGGCGGUCGUGCUGUGGGCGGCGGUCGCUUCCUGCGCUCUGAGCCGAGGGGGCGGUGCUGGGGCUGCCCUUCGUCAACUCGACGGUCCAGGUGUGGCCGGCCCUGAUGUGGAGGACACCCUCGGUACGGAGUCAGCUGUUCCCUCCCCUGGCGUGGGAGCCGCCGCCCCCGUCCAGGUCGACCUCUGCUCCUGGCCGUGCUCGUGCUCCGAGCGCGAGGGCGCCUGGGAGGUGGACUGCGAGGCCAAGGGGUUGGGGCCGGCCUCGGCGCUGCCGCCGCCGCCCUCGGGCGCCCGCUCCUACCGCCUCUACCUGGCGCGCAACCCCCUGGGCCGCCUGGCGCCCGGCGACCUCGCCAACCACAGCGGCGCCGUGCUCGCGCACCUCGGCAGCGCCGAGAUCGACGACAUCGAGGACGGCACGUUCGUCGGCUUGCGGUCGCUCAAGAAGCUUUUCCUCAACGGCAACAACCUGGAGUCUCUGCGCAACGACACCCUGCGGGGGCUGGACUCCCUGGAGUACCUGCAGGCCGACUACAACCUCCUCAGCUACCUGGAGGCCGGAGCGUUUGCCACCACCCCGCGUCUCAAGGUCCUCAUCCUCAACGACAACCUCCUCGCGUCGCUGCCCGCACACUGCCUGCGCCCCGUGUCGCUCACGCACCUCGACCUGCGGGGCAACCGCCUGCGCUCCCUCGCCUACGGGGGCCUCCUCGAGCACCUCAACCGCGUGCUCGAGCUGCAGCUCGACGAGAACCCCUGGAACUGCUCCUGCGACCUGCUCAGCAUGCGCCGCUGGCUCGACAGCGUCCCCUACUCGGCGCUGCUCGGCGACGUCACGUGCGAGACGCCGUUCCGCCUCCACGGCAAGCACCUCCGGGACCUCCCGCGCUCCGAGCUGUGCCAGCGGCGGGCCGCGUCGCAGCCCGGCGGUGGUGGCGGUGGUGCCGGCGGUGCCGGAGGCGGUGGUGCCGGAGGCGGUGGUGCCGGCGCGUCGGGAGGGAGAUUGUCUCGCGGAAACAGCCACGGCGGCGGUGGCGGCGGUCACAACGUUCACAACCAACAGCAGCCGAACCAACGCAACGACCACCACGGCCACCACCACCACGGCCACCACCACCACCACCAGCAGAAGACACAGCAGCAGCAGCAGCAGCGGCAGGGGCACGGUGAUCGCAAGGGCGACGGCGGCGGCGGCGGCGGCGGUGACAGAGAAGAGCGGACGGUGAAAAAAUCGAAGAGGCCACCGGAUGACGGCGGCGGCGGCGGCGGCGGCAACAACGUGACGACGGAGAGCGGCGGCGGCGGCGGCGGCGGCCGCGAGGUCCCGAAGUCGUCGGCGUCGUUUUCCUCGUCGCUCGCCUCCACGACGGCCGCCACAACAACAACGACGACGACGACGGCGGCGGAGCUCGCCGCCACGACGCCGCCGGUGGGGCCGGCGACGACGACGGUGGCGCCGCGCGCCUCCUCCACGCGCCACCCCAAGGCCACGGUGCGAAACCCGCGGCCGUCCACGCGCUCCACCAGCCAUCACCACCAUCAGCAGCAGCAGCAGCAUCAGCACGGCCAUCACCACCAUCACCAGCAGCAGCACAACCAGCGCCCCCCCAUCCCCGUGCAGUGCCCCUCCGCGUGCUCCUGCGUGGUGCACACCGCCGACCUGGGCCUCAGCGUGAACUGCCAGGAGCGCGGCAUCGAGCGCCUCUCCUCGCUGCACCCGCGGCCCGGCGACCCCAAGAAGCUCUACCUCACGGGCAACGCCCUGGCGCGGGUGAUGCGCGGGGACUUCGAGGGCCUCCGCGGCCUCGACCUCCUGCACCUGGCCGCCAACCGCAUCGCGUACGUCGAGGAGGGCUCCUUCGGGGACCUCGGCGGUCUCCGGCGGCUGCACCUCAACGGCAACGACCUCGCGCGGCUCACGCCGGGGAUGCUGGCCGGCCUGCGUGGCCUGCAGUACCUGUACGCGGAGUACAACGUGCUGCGCGAGGUGGCGCCCGGCACGUUCGAACGCACGCCCGAGCUGCGCCUGCUCUUCCUCAACAACAACCUGCUGCGCUGGCUGCCCGCCGGGGCGUUCGCGUCGACGCCCGCCCUCGCGCGCCUCAACCUGCGCGGGAACCACUUCAGGGCGCUUCCCGUGGCCGGGGUGCUCGACCGCAUCAGCGCGCCGCUCGUGCAGGUGGACCUCCACGAAAACCCGUGGGACUGCACGUGCCCCCUGGCCGACCUCCGCCGGUGGAUGCUCGAGGAGCUGAGCGCCGGCAUCGUCGUCGGCGAGGUGACCUGCGAGUCCCCGGUGCGACUCGCCGGGCGCGACGUCCGCUCACUGCCCUGGGAGGCGCUGUGCCCUCUCCCGCACGGCGGGGGCGGCGGCGGGGCUGCGGCGGCCCUCGCCCCGGCGGCCCCCGCCAUCACCGGGCGGCCUCAGCCCGCGGCCGUCUCCCCGCCGUCGCCGGUCGGCGAGGGCCCCGGACGACCCCUCCCGCCGGCGGCCGACGCCGGGACCGCCGGACCCGGCGCGUCGGAGGUCUCGGCCGUUCCCCUCUCGGUGCUCAUCCUCAGCCUCCUGGCCGUGUUCGUGGCGACCGUCUUCGCCGCCGCGGGCCUCCUCGUCUUCGUGCUCCGGAGGCGGAGGCUCGGGCAGGCGGUCGGCGGAGGAGCGGGUGGAGGAGUCGGCGGAGGAGGAGGAGGAGGAGGAGCGGGCAGGGCGGUCGUGCUCAAGCACAAGCGGGGAGUCUCCGGCGGCAGAGGGCAGGACGUGAGCUCCGCUGGGCUGCAUCUGCGCUACGCCAUCUAUGGCCACGGCUGCUCGGCCUCCUCCGAGCGCGGCGCCAAAGCCGCCGCCGCCGCCGCUGAGCGUGCCAUGCUAACGGCUGCGUCCGGCGGCGGCGGCGGCGGCGGCGGCACCGGCGGUGCCUACGACUCGUCGUCCGUCCACUUGCCGCGCUUCCUCGGCAGGAUGUGCCGCAACCCAAUCUACGCGCCGCCACGCGCCGAGUGGAUGAGUCCCAGCUCGGCCGGGGCCACCGUGGGUGGAAUCAUCACGGGCACCGCCACCGCCGCCACCACCUCCACCACCACCACCACCACCGGCGCCACCGCCGCCACCCUGGCCGACAUCUCGCCGGGCCGACUGAUAUUGUCGCACCUUCCCGGCGACGGCAUGGUUGGCCACCACCACCACCAAUACCACCAAUAUCACCACCUCCUCCACCAUCAACAGCAACAUCAACAUCACCAACAUCAGCAGCAGCUCAUACUGGACGACCACCACUUCCAGCAUCUUCAGCAUCUACACGAGCGACACCACCUCCUGCUGCAGCAGCAGGAGCACCAGCAGCACCAGCAGCACCAGCAGCAGCAGCAGGAGUUCCUGCUGGAGGUAGAAGCCGGACUGCGUCGGCAGGAGCUGAAGAUUUGCGAGGCCAUCACUCUGGCCGGUGUCGUGGAGUUACCGCAGCAGCAGCAGCAGCAGCUGCAGAUGCAACAGCAGGCGCCACGGUUGCUGGAGGCUGGCUGUCUGCUGGAGGCGAGCGGAGCCGAGUACCUGGAACUGCGAGCGAAAGUCCACGCGGACACGGACUACCUGGAGGUGCUGGAGAGGCAGGCGACGCUCCACCAGGCAUAGCGAGGAGAGAGGCGGAGUUUAGGUAGAGAGCGAAGGGAGGGAGGGAGGAAGGGAGGAAGGGGCACACGGGGUCUGUGGGUACACGGGGCCUGGGACACGGGACAUGGGACUUGGGUCUUGGGACACGGGAUGCAGGGCCUGAGACACGGAACAUGGGGCCUGGGACACGGGACAUGGGACGUGAGACACGGAACCUGGGACGCGGGAUCCUGAACACGGGGCACACAGGACAAGAGACACGGGAACGGGACGUGGGACACAGGGCACGUGACAGGAUACGCGAAUUGGGGGGCGUGGAACCUGGGAGCUAGGAAAUGGGACGCGAGACCCUGGACAUGGAACAUGCGACACGGGACCAUGGACACAGGCGCUCGUACGGCCUACGAUUCUACCGGUGUUGGCGAGCAGUGAGAGGUGUGAGAUUCUCUGGUAGUGGCGUGAGACCCGGAGUACAGAUGGAGAGGUACCCUGGUAGUGGUGUGAGACCCGGAGUACAGAUGGAGAGAUUGCCUGGUAGUGGCGUGAGACCUGGAGUACAGAUGGAGAGAUUCUCUGGUAGUGGCGUGAGACCCGGAGUACAGAUGGAGAGAUUGCCUGGUAGUGGUGUGAGACCCGGAGUACAGAUGCAGAGAUUCUCUGGUAGUGGUGUGAGACUUGGAGUACAGAUGGAGAGAUUCUCUGGUAGUGGCGUGAGACCCGGAGUACAGAUGGAGAGGUACUCUGGUAGUGGCGUGAGACCCGGAGUACAGAUGGAGAGGUACUCUGGUAGUGGCGUGAGACCCGGAGUACAGAUGGAGAGGUACUCUGGUAGUGGCGUGAGACCCGGAGUACAGAUGGAGAGAUUGCCUGGUAGUGGGGUGAGACCCGGAGUACAGACUGAGAGAUUGCCUGGUAGUGGCGUGAGACCCGGAGUACAGAUGGAGAGAUACUCUGGUAGUGGUGUGAGACCCGGAGUACAGAUGGAGAGAUUCUCUGGUAGUGGCGUGAGACCCGGAGUACAGAUGGAGAGGAACCCUGGUAGUGGCGUGAGACCCGGAGUACAGAUGGAGAGAUACUCUGGUAGUGGCGUGAGACCCGGAGUACAGAUGGAGAGGUACCCUGGUAGUGGUGUGAGACCCGGAGUACAGAUGGAGAGAUUGCCUGGUAGUGGCGUGAGACCCGGAGUACAGAUGGAGAGAUUCUCUGGUAGUGGCGUGAGACCCGGAGUACAGAUGGAGAGGUACCCUGGUAGUGGUGUGAGACCCGGAGUACAGAUGGAGAGAUUGCCUGGUAGUGGCGUGAGACCUGGAGAACAGAUCGAGAGAUUCUCUGGUAGUGGCGUGAGACCCAGAGUACAGAUGGAGAGAUACUCUGGUAGUGGAGUGAGACCCGGAGUACAGAUGGAGAGAUUGCCUGGUCGUGGCGUGAGACCCGGAGCACAGAUGGAGAGGUACCCUGGUAGUGGUGUGAGACCCGGAGUACAGAUCGAGAGAUUCUCUGGUAGUGGCGUGAGACCCGGAGUACAGAUGGAGAGAUACUCUGGUAGUGGAGUGAGACCCGGAG